AAUUAUAAAUCAAAAUAAAAAAUCUAAUUAGAACAAGCAGGUAGCCCAGAUGCAAAGCUUGUGCCAUGUGUGGAUAGGGUCAUGAUUCCCACUAAAUAACAUUCAAAAGAGCAUGAAGAGUGAAUCUUAGGAACACAGAAGAAAAGAAAAACAUGGAAGAAGAAAGAGAAGCAGUUAAUACGCCAUUACUGGAAUCUGAUCUCUCUUCCUCCUCUUCGGUUACUUUUGUUGUCGUUUUCAGCACUAUCGUGGCCAGUUUUAGUUCUUACACUUAUGGAAAUGCUGUGGGUUAUUCAUCUCCUGCAGAGUCUGGAAUUUUAAACGAGGUUGGCCUUACCUUGGCUGAGUAUUCAGUUUUUGGCUCAAUCCAAAGUAUUGGAGCCAUGUGUGGAGCACUAGUGAGUGGAAAAAUUUCAGAUGUUCUUGGUCGAAAAGGCGCAAUGGGAGUUUCAGAUCUAUUCUGUAUCAUUGGGUGGCUUGCAAUAGCAUUUGCAAAGAAUGCUUUGUGGCUUGAUGUUGGAAGAUUCUUGGUGGGCUGUGGAAUUGGAGUCAUUUCCUAUGUGGUACCUGUAUAUAUUGCAGAAAUCUCCCCCAAAAAUGUUAGGGGAACAUUUUUGUCAAUGAAGCAUAUGAUGAUCAGCUUUGGCAAAGCAGCUUUUUUCCUUAUUGGUUCUGCUGUUAAUUGGCGCACCUUAGCUUUAAUAGGAGUUGUUCCCUGCCUUUUACAGUUUCUAGGCUUGUUCUAUGUUCCCGAGUCUCCUAGAUGGCUGAUGAAAAUGGAGCAAGUAAAAAAAUUCGAAUCUGCUCUAUACCGCCUUAGAGGAGAGAAUGCUGAUAUUUCUCUAGAGAAAACAGAAAUCAGAGAGUAUACAGAAUAUUCUAAAACGAUAUCUGGAGAUGGAAUUCUAAGCCUAUUCCAGAGGAAAUAUGCUUAUUGUGUCACUAUCGGAUUAGGGCUGCUGUUGUUUCAACAAUUUGGAGGGCUUGGUGGGAUUGUGUUUUAUACAAGUGCAAUUCUUCAAUCUGCUGGUUUUCCAAGCAAGAUUGGGAGUGUACUAGUUGCAACAGCUCAGAUUAUAACUUCAGUACUUGGUGUAUGCUUCAUAGACAAGUUUGGAAGGAUCCCACUUCUCCUGAUAUCUGCAGCUGGGUUAUGCUUGGGUUGCUUCCUCACUGGAUUGUCAUUCUUCUUAAAGGAUGUUCACUUUGGAGAGAAUGUUAGCCCUGUUUUGGCGCUUCUUGGCUUAUUGGUGUACUACGCUUCUUUUGGCGUUGGUAUGGAAGGAAUGCCAUGGAUUAUAGCGUCAGAGGUUUUUCCAAUAAACAUAAAGGGGUCAGCUGGGAGUCUUAUAAAUGUGUUAUCUUGGUCUAGUAGUUGGCUUGUUUCCUAUACUUUCAACUUUAUUUUCAAAUGGAGUUCAGCAGGUACGUUUUUCAUAUUUGCAGGGGUUUGUGGUGCCAAUGUUGUGUUCAUUUGGAAGAUGGUUCCCGAGACCAAGGGCCGAACACUAGAAGAAUUACAUGCAUCACUUACUCGCCAAUAAGACUCAGAAUCCACUCAAAAGAAAAUGUCCAGUUUACCAUAUAAAACACACACACAUUAUAAUAGCAAUCGAUUGUUCAUGUCAAUGUCAAAGUUCUCUUCUUUUCCCAAUAUUUCUUUAUAGGGUGUAGAGAAAAACAUUUAAAAAAAUUUAGCAAUUUUUUUUUAAUAAAUUGAGAACUAUUUAUAAAUAAAGGUUCUCUUCUAUUGGAUUA